GUUUGAGAAUCACUGGCCUCACGUGAGUAACGAAAGGAAAAUGAGAGACGCGUGUGUGCGUUUGAAUUUGAAAACAUCAACUGUCUGUUAAAAUUGGUUUCCGAAGUAAAACCGUUUCCCCCGCGAGUUCCGUUGUCAAGAGAAGACAUAACCUCCGAGCGUUCCGAUGGCCAACAAUUCUGUGACCACAUUUAAGAAUCUGCAAAUAGACGAACGACUCAGGAAACUGGAACGCUCCUUGAAACUGGUCGCAUUGCGACAGGAAAGCGGCAAGAGUACGCACGACGGGAAGACACCGUCCGUGACAACCUGGCCCAGCAUCUCCAGCAUUAAUGCAGACACUUUGGAUUCCAGCUGUGCCACCCCGGCGCACCAGAGUUCGUUUGUCAAGAGCGAGGUCUUGGGCUACAGCAGCAACCUGAGAAACGUGCUGUUGAAGAAGAACAGCCGUAAUCAAGAAGCGAUGACUACGUCCAGUGUUAAGCAAUGGCACGGUCAGCAAAACAAUUGCGUCGACCGGGGUCUUAUGCCACCCCCAGCGAAUGGUGUGGUUUGUCGCAUCUCUAGGGAGUCACCGGGCUCAGCUUGUGCGUUGCCCACUUACGAAAUGGCGUCGACCGCGCCUAACAGAUUCGUGGAGCCUUCCAAGGCGAACGCGUUAUCCUCGAAGAGUGCUCCUAGCUGGAUAUCCACCAAUACGAAUGCUGACGGGGAGUAUUUCAAUGUCUCUGCGUCGAUUCCUACCAAUUGUCAGGUGAUUGGCAGGGUGUUUUCAAAUUGGAGAGUUACGUUGAACAACCAACACGAGUUAGUAAUUAGAGGGACGCUUGAAUGCGGGAAGUACGCACAUAGCAAACCGGUUGUAAGAAGGCACUCUGCGACAUGCGUCGAAUCCAAAUACAUGAACAGAUAUAUUCUACGAGGAAAUAUUGUCGACGAGAGAAAUAGAUUACCGGAUUAUGUGCGCGGGAAAUUUUUCAAUGGCUUUCCUGACGAUUGGGAAAACGUUUAUCAAAUAUGGAGAGCGUACGUCGACCAAGGAUACCCUGUGACGUUUCAUUGGCCCACUCGUAUUACUGACAGCGACGACGAUUUAAAGAGCGAAUUGACGGAUUUGACUUGUACACUCGCGAGAAAGAACCCAACUAUUUCUGCAACGAGAGACUCUUGUAAUGGGAAUACUAAGACUGGAAAUCUAAACAGUACGCAUGAAAGGAAGGAGAAUUAUCAGAACGCCUCCACUCGCAGUUUGCCACAUCGUGAAAGAGAUACUCGGUCCGCGAAGCCUGUUAUUCCUAACUCGGAAAAGGAUGCGAUUCCCGUCGUGCAAACCAAGAGUACGAGGUCGCCGCGCGACGAGGCUAACAAAGCAAAUGUUAGGACGGAUACAAAUUUACCGUCAAAUACUUGGAACGUCACGAAAUUGAAGGACUUUCUUCGGGAGGACAAACUGAAAAUCAUUAUCGACAAUUUGGAGGACAGGAAUUGCUCCGCGAGGUAUAUCGACAAGAUUCUCGAGCUGCUUUAUUGCCUGGAUUAUGCGGUGUCGUACAGAACGAGAUCGGAGUGCGGUGACUCGGUGGUUUCCGGGUCAUUGAUUUCCGAAGGGCCCUCGAAAGCGAUAUCGCUACAACCGAAUUUAGUAUGCAAUGGCGAUCUCGCGGACAGUAACAGAUUUGAAAACGACCUGACGAAAGUGAAGAGCUACGGACACUCCACCGAUCUGGGAUACGGAAGCAUAAGAAGUGAUUCUCGUGUCAUUCAGGUGUCGAACCCAGUGAGCAGUAAACCCUCGGGACACGGUGAGGACUUGGACAAAUCAGAGAGCGAGACCUACGCGGGCGUACCCAAGAUAUCGAUCGAACGAGUUUUAAAAGCUCGAGAAACGUCCGGUAAGGUAUACAAACGUAACGUGAGAAAGAAAACGAUUUAUCCGGAUGCACCGAAGCACGCAUCGAGUCCGCCGCGCGACGAGCCUGUCCACGUUGCGGGUUCAGUUGCUAACAAUAAAAAUUUACUUUCCGACGAGUCUGGCGUCAGCAUCACGGAGGACGAAGUGGAGGCAACGAGCGGCGUGUGGGAGUGUCGCCAGGCAACAGACGUUACUCAAAGAACACAAAUGACGUUCUCCAGUCACCGAGAGAGGAAUAAUUUCGAUGUGUACGGGGGAGGCAAAUCUAAAGCGCGUGUGCAAAACGUCGAACCGUUCGAUGCUUCCGAGGCACAAAGAGCGAACAUGAAUGUUUUUAUAAGGAAACAGGAAGUUCCUUGCAGGGAUGUUGAAGCGAGCGGGGGGCGGCAACGGUUUAUCGCAGACGUCGACUACACCGUCAAUUCUGACAUCGACGUUGUGGCCGUGAGCACGAAGUCACAGAAGACCGGCGGGAGUUCGAUAACGUCGGGCGCUGAGGCGGACGAAGAGAUUAAAAUAGUCGAAACGAAUGGCGAUUCUGUCGAGAAGCGCCUCGCCUCCCCGAAGUCACGUAAAGAGUUCAUCGAACAAAUGAAAAGUGAGCUUGCGAGGAAGCGACUUAAACCGACUAUAGUCAGUUCGGUACCGGUGAAUUUAAACGUGAAAAUACAUGAUGCACCCUCGAAGGCCAGACAACCGGACGACACCAAGAUAAAUGUGAGGAACGGGGAUAAGCAGGAUGCAAAUAUUCGGCCGUUGGAAGAAACCGAUAAGAAGAAAUCUACGUCGAUCGCUACGAAGCCUACGACUGACGACUUUCAUUCGAAGGCAACAACGGUCGGGACAGUCGCCACAAAACCUGCGAUUGAUGAUUCUCGCUCGAAGACAACGGCGGUCGAAACGGUUAAUAAAAAAGAGAUUGUCCCGACGGCAAGUAACAAAAAGAAAUCGGACGACACGAGUCCCACUAAUUCGAUGACUGAUUCAACAAAGGAGCAAUCUAAAAGCAGCAAACUCGGGACUGAGAAGAAUCCCAAAGUACUGACCGCGUGGGUGCCGAAAGUAGUGUAUUACGCGAAGUCGAAAUCUGAAUUGGGUUUAACUUUUCAAGGGAAAUUACUCAACGAAGCUGGCCACGUUGUGCACAGGAACUUUACGACGAGUAUCGUCGCGAAGCGAUUGUCAGCGACGCUAAUCAAAACAGUGAAUAAUGAAUUUUAUCAGCUCGUUGGAUAUGUAAACGACAGCAAGCACACUAUUCCGAAGGAACUGGUAAAACAAUGUCGUAACGGAUGUCCUACGAAGAUUGAGCAAUUUUGUCUGACUUGGAAAAACGUGCACGAUAAUGUUGAAAUAGUUAAAGAGACAUCUCAGGAUACAACGAUAGAGUCGUUGAAUGGACCCGUUAGUUCGAGGGGCCGUCGUAUCUUACCUCCGUUAUGUUUCUGGGAAGGUGAGCGUGUAACUGUGAAAGAUAACAAUUUAAUUUAUACUCCGGGCAAUUCACAGGAAUCGUUACUUUUGCUGACUAAUAACUCAAAAGAGGUUCAAAAAGAUACCAAGAAUACUGAAGAAAGAAAGAAGCAGAAAGUGAAUACACCAAAGAAACAGAAUGUAAAUGAGCAAACAAUGACGCUCGAAUCGAAUAAGACUUCUGGUGCACACAAAAGUCAAGUUCCAGCUUCCAAAAAGUCACCUAAAACUGCAAAUGUAAGGAGGUCCCUCAACAAUCGCCGAAUAGUACAAAAGUUGUUCUCGAGCGUUGAGUCCAGCGACGAGGAGGAAAAAGUAUCUCCGCGAAAGCGUGUGCACAAUUCUCGGACUAACGAGAAUAUAGAUCCAGAAGCACGGUCUACUAUGACAUUAAGGAAACGGCCAAAGGUAGAACCAGCCUCGAAUAGAAUUUCACGUAACACCAGAUCAACCAGGCAACACGCAGCCUACUGUUCGCCAACAAAGAGACCCGAAAGCGAGAAACUGUUUUAUUAUUGUAAAAAUAUUCCACAAUCAAAGGACUUUCUAUCAGAGAGUGAAAUAUCAUUUGUAUAAUCUCGAAUAGUGAUUUCAUGCUAUUAUAUUUUUUAUAUGUAUAUCGAUAGACUUUUGACAAAUACGUAAGUUAAAAAAAAUAGUUUGCUAUAUAUUUCUUAUUAUAUGUAUGUUUUGUUUAUAGUUCUCUUUAGAUAUUAAGGGUGCAUUCGAGGAGUUUACUAUCAGCGCUAUUUAGGUGAAAACGUCGUUCUAUGCAUGUUGCCUAUUAUACUAUAAUACCUUAGCUUUCGAUUUUCCCCUCGUUUUACAAAUAUUAGUCCCAGCUCAAGAAAAUGUUUCCAAUAUUAUUUUUCAUAUUUUGUCAACAAGUAAUGGCACUUUUUUACUAUGUUGUAAUAAAUUAAAAAUUCAUUUCUACAAUACCGUAGCUUUUGAUUUUCCCCUCGUUUUACAAAUAUUAGUCCCAGCCCCAAAAAACGUUUCCAAUGUUAUUUUUCAUAUUUUAUCAAAAAGUAAUGGCACUUUCGUAUUAUGUUGUACCAAAAUUAAUAUUGUAGACCUCGUGAUUUUGGUAGAUGCAAAAGUUAUCAAGUAAAGAGAACGUUAUAUAGUCUAGAGUCUAGACGAAUAAAAUAUCAUUUAACUUUUUUCGACAUAUAAUAGGCAACAGACAUAGAACGACGUUUUCACCUAAAUAGCGCUGAUAGUAAACUCCACGAAUGCACCCUUAAUAUCUAAAGAGAACUAUAAAUAAAACAUACAUAUAAUAAGAAAUAUAUAGCAAACUAUUUUUUUUAACUUACGUACUUGUCAAAAGUCUAUCGAUGUAUGUCUAUAAUUAUUAUAGACAUACAUUCGAUGC